CUUCCUGUUUGUGAUCUGCCUUCUGGAAUUUGCCCUCCCAUUGGAGUAGUUCGCGGCUUCGGGAUGUCUCCAUGUUGCUGAAUACUGGACACUCUGGACUGGACAGAAGACCAACCGAAGAGAUGGACGGAUGGAGGGAUGCCAGGCCCGGGAUUUACACAGAGCGACGUGACCUCUCCAUCUGGCUGUUUCACCUAAUCUGAACCCUCCAGAGGACCGUCGCAGGACGCAUGACUGACCAUCGGGACUGAGAUCCAGCAAUAGCUGGGAGGGGGUUCGCAAUGGAUGUGUACAAAUGUCUGAGCGUACUUUUCUUCACUCUUCCACCACAAGUUUGUUUCGAAGUUCGACCUCGUGCCCACGCUGAAGAGCGGCUGCUCCAGGAUCUGUUCGCACAUUACAAUAAGCUCUCCCGGCCUGUGGAAAACACUACAGACACAGUGCUAGUCCACUUUGGGUUGUCUAUUGCCCAGCUCAUUGAUGUGGAUGAGAAGAACCAGAUGAUGACCACAAAUGUCUGGGUCAAGCAAGAAUGGAACGAUUACAAACUCCGCUGGAACCCGGAGCAAUACGAAAAUGUCACCUCCAUCCGUAUUCCCUCAGAGAUCAUCUGGAGGCCCGACAUCGUCCUCUACAACAACGCUGAUGGCGACUUUGCGGUGACUCACCUCACGAAGGCACAUCUGUUCCACGACGGUCGGAUAAAGUGGAUGCCACCGGCCAUCUACAAGUCUUCGUGCAGCAUAGAUGUCACCUUCUUCCCUUUUGACCAGCAGAGCUGCAAGAUGAAGUUUGGCUCGUGGACCUAUGACCGCGCCAAGAUCGAUCUCAUCAGCAUGGCCAGCGAUGUGGACCAGAUGGACUACUGGGAGAGUGGUGAGUGGGUCAUAGUCAAUGCAGUGGGCAAGUACAACAUCAAGAAGUACGAGUGCUGCACGGAGAUCUACUCAGACAUCACCUACUACUUCAUUAUCCGGAGGCUUCCGUUGUUCUACACCAUCAACCUCAUCAUCCCCUGUCUUCUUAUCUCCUGUUUGACUGUACUGGUGUUUUAUUUGCCAUCGCAAUGUGGAGAGAAGAUCACAUUGUGCAUCUCAGUGCUACUGUCCCUAACGGUAUUCCUCCUGCUGAUCACAGAGAUCAUACCGUCCACAUCGCUGGUCAUUCCGCUGAUUGGUGAAUAUCUGCUGUUCACCAUGGUCUUUGUCACCCUCUCCAUCGUAAUUACCGUCUUUGUUUUGAACGUACAUCACCGGUCGCCACAAACCCAUGGCAUGCCUCACUGGGUGCGGAGGGUAUUCUUGGACAUGGUGCCGCGUGUCCUCUUCAUGAAGCGUCCGCCGGGCACAGCCAAGCAGCACUGCAAGAAGCUUAUCGAGAUGAUGCACCGUCCGACUACCAUAUCUGCAACGGGCAACUCGCUGGCCUAUUGGACAGGGCUGGAGACGGGGCUGAGACAGAUGGGCCAGGUGGAUAACUCACUUCCAAAGACUCCAUCUGACAGUCCAAGCAUCCUCGUCUGCUCGCCCUCUCCACCCUCUUCCCCGCUAGAGGAACGCAACCAGGAUGGUCACCCACUGAAGGCCAACAUGUUCUGCCGGACCACAUCUGGUCAGUAUUCAGUUCUCUCAGAGAAGCAUUUCCCACGGGGUCACAACUCCGCGGCAUCGUCUUCUUCGCAAUUAUCCUUGCCCCCAGUUUUGCCACUGGGUCCACUCCACAGCCUUUCCAAGGAAGAACCAAAUAUACUAGCCCCAAAUGGCCGCUCCCUCAGCGCAGAGCAAAUGUUUGACCAACAGAGGGAUCCCCCUCAGAGAGCUGGUCACCGGUGUCGCUCCCGCAGCUUCCAGUACUGCUGUCUGCACGAUGAAGGGCCUGGGCUCAUGGCGAUCGCAGGGUGGGUGAAGAAACAGGCCCCUACAGAUCCCCCAGCAAGAACCAUCAGGGUUGAGUCAACUAAAGACGCAAGUACCCAACAGGACACCGUUGUUCCAACAAUUUCCCCAGCUGUGCAACGGGCCAUAGAGGGAGUUCAGUACGUCGCCGAUCAUCUCAGGGCAGAGGAUGCAGAUUUCUCAGUGAAAGAGGACUGGAAGUAUGUGGCCAUGGUCAUUGACAGGAUAUUCCUCUGGAUGUUUGUACUGGUUUGCAUACUGGGAUCUGUGGGACUCUUCCUCCCUCCUUGGCUGGCUGGAAUGAUCUAGAAUCUCGCUAUUAAAGAACAGGGAGUCCACGAACACUUACAGGAAACGUCUUAUCUCUAACAAAAAAAAGAGUGAUUUAUCUUUCUUUUUUUUUUUUUUUUCAAAGGAACUACAAGUCCUUCGCCUUGGUCUUGCCCCAAGUUAUCAAAAGGCUACUCACGGAGAACCAAGAUGAAAUAUCUCUCAUUGAUGCCAGUGUGCAUAUAAAUUCUUUAUUAGGGCAAAAGGCCAACAGCAAAAAAAUCCUUCCGCACCAUUCCUUUUUGACAUUGAGCUGUAUAGCUCACACUUUCACCUUUUAUAUAUAAAAAAAAAAAACGGAGAAGAAUAGAGUUUGACCAAUAUACAACUGCAGAAAACACCACAGGAAAA